AUGGCGUCUUUUAAGGACAGACUAAAGCAGCAGCUGAGCUCGUCUUUGUACCAGAGUAUAGAGUGUGCGAUGCAGGAGAUGUUGGGGCAGGUGGAGAGCCUGGUGGAGAGGGCUGUGGAGAGGGCCCUGCUCCCAGAGGACCAGGGGACACUCCUGGACUGUCCCAGUCUCACUUCAGCAGUCUCUCAGAUCAACAUCUCUGAAGCCCACCUCAGAUCAAAUGAAGUGCUUGUGGCUGGAACCAGUGGAAACACAGAGUUCUCAGGAACAGGUGUUAUUCAAGAGCAGGACUUUGGCGACUGCUUUAAUGUGAAAGUGGAAAACAAUCAACAAGAACAAGACGAAACAAGAGCAACAUCAUCAAGAGGUUGGCAGAAUAAAGAUUCAGUUAAAAAAGAGGAGGUGACACAGUCUGAAGUGACGCCACACUGCAGUGAUGCCUGUGGGACAGCUGCCCCCGAGGUGAACAUCUCUCAGCUCCAGCUCAGUUCAAAUCAGAGUCUGUCUGUAGACGGACGACAGACAGACCCUUUUUUAUGA